AUGCGUUUCCUUAAUUUGGUUGUCGGCCUCUACGCUUGCAGCGCCGCCAUCGCCAACCCUACCAAGGUUUCGCAGACGCUUGUCGCUCGCGAAACGCUGCAGCACUUUGGCUACUGGGCCGAUACCAAGGAGACCAGGUGGGGUUGCACUCCUCCUAAGAACACAUCCAAAAAUACCGCCGGCAAAACCGAGGAUUAUAUAAAGGGAAGAGCAAUGUAA